UUCCUGAUUGCACAUCCACCCGCCCCCGCGAGCCACGAGCACUUCCGUCCAAUCCCGCGCGAGAGCGGGCGGAGGCGCCACACGAUGCCUGAGAAGCCGCUGACCAUUGCGACCUACGCCGCCGGGGCCUCGCUCGCCGCCAUCACCCUCGUCUACGUCUUUGGGCCCACGUACUUUCUCGACGACGACGCCACCACCAAGAAGAAGGGCGUCGUGGGGCUGACCAAUGCUGCCAACGACUGCUUCAUCAACUCGGUGCUGCAGGCCCUCGCCGGCCUGCCCGACCUGCGCAUAUACCUCAUACGCGAAACCCACCGCCGCCUGCUCGACGGCCCAGACGUCUACCACGUCGACCCGGAGCGACAGAACACGGCCAACGGGCCCGCCCGACCCGCCAAGCUCGAGGGCCUGCAGCGCGGCGUCCUCACGCAUGGCCUCAAGGACAUCCUCGACGCCCUCAACGAGCGGCCCAUUUACAAGAAGACAAUCUCCCCCCAGCCCUUUAUCCGCACCCUCGAGCGCGCAUUCGGCACGCGCAUCAGCCGGCAGCAGCAAGACGCCCAGGAGUUCCUCCAGAUCGUGACGGAGCGCCUGUGCGACGAAUACCAUGCGGGCGGAAAGGCUCGGCGGCGCGCAACGCUGGAUGCUAUCCCGGUGAACAACGCGGACGGCGCUUCUGGAGCGGACAAUGCCGACGUCCAGUCGCCUGUCGCGCUCCCCGAACCAUCCGCUGGUGGCCAAGGCGAAGACCCGGCUGAAGAGGACGUCUCCGAAGAGGAAGAAGGGUUUCCCUUUGAGGGCAAGAUUGAGUCGCAAAUCGAGUGCCAGUCGUGCCACUUCAAGCCGAAGCCGACCGUGUCGACAUUUGUCACGCUGACGCUGAAUGUGCCGCAAGCCUCGUCCACGUCGCUCAAUGCGUGCCUCGACGGCAUGCUCAAGGUCGAGUACAUUGACGACUUUAGGUGCGAGCGCUGCCGACUAGAGCAUGCGCUCCAGAGCAAGAAUCGCCAGCUUCUGGCCGCCACGGACCCGAGUGUUCGAGAACGCUUACAGUCGGACAUUGCCAAAAUCCAGCUAUCCAUAGACCACGACCCCGAGCAGACGCCCGACGAUGUUGAGCUUCCCCCGUCGAGCCAAGCACCCAAGAGCCGCAUCGCCCGCCACAUGUACAUUUCACAGUUUCCCAAGGUGCUUGCGAUACACCUGUCGCGCUCUACCUUUGCCUUUGGUGCCACGUCGAUGAAGAACAUGGCAAAGGUCGCCUUUCCGGAAGCUCUUCCGCUGGGGGAACUGCUUAACCGCAAAAACUACCGCCUUCUCGCAAUGGUCACGCACAAGGGGAGCCACAACAGCGGCCACUAUGAAUCGUUCCGCCGCCAAGUGCAACGACAACCCUUUUCUACGCCCGUCUCGUUUGGCACAGAAGGUGCAUUCAGCCGUCAAGCCAGUCCAUUCCCGUCAGCAGCGCCGUCCGUAGCGCCGUCUGCCAUGCAAAGCCCACACAUCUCGGCUCUCAACCUGCCCAACCACAUCGACCGCAGGUCACCGCUCCCCGACUCGCCCAUGUCGCAAUCACUAUCUUCGCAAGAAACCAUACCGCUGCCGCGGGGGCCACCCCCGACAUCAGCUCCUCGAGUGGCAGACUCGGAGCCAUCACAAUCAGGGUCCUCAUCCACUGGCGUUGCUAACGGGGGCGCAAGUGGAGAGGAGACAUUAUCACGGUCAAGAAGCAUACGCUCGCUCAAGGAACGGACAUCAGAAAAGGCAUCUUCCAUUGCCGAUGUGAAUCCCAUGCGGCGCAAAUCCAAAAAGGCAAACCACCGGUGGUGGCGCAUCAGCGACGACAAGGUCAAGGAAAGCAAGACGUCGGAAGUGCUCAACAUGCAAAAGGAUGUUUAUCUGUUGUUUUACGAAUUGAACACGCCCAAGCCAUGAAGCGCUGCUUGAAGCAGGCAUUACGAAUCCUCUUCCAUGCAUGCAUGCAUCCAUACAUAUAUAUAUACCUCCCAUAAAAAAAAGUAGGAAAAAAAUCCCGCUUUGAAUGAUGCAAGCUCAUUUCCCCCCCCCC